ACUUGCCUCCUGGCGAUCCAAUCUGCGUGCACCGGCACGGACGCCAUGGCAGCUUCCACCGGAAAGAAAGAGGCCGCCUGGCCUGCCACCAUGGCGCGGUACGAGCGGCUGGAGAAGCUGGGAGCGGGCAUCAACGGGGAAGUGUUCAAGGCGUGGGACACCCAGGACAACCUGAUCGUCGCCGUCAAGCGGCUCAGCGGGAGCGGUGACGACGGCUUCAUUAUCUCCGGCCUACCGGAGGUCAUGCGGGAGGCCAUGUGCCUGGGCGCGUGCCGCGGCAUCCCCUCGAUCGUGCAGCACCGCGCAACCUGCGUUGCCGCAUGCCAACGCGAUUCCUUCAUCGUGAUGGACUACGUCGGACGCCUCAACCUACGCGGCUACAUGCAGCGCCGGGUUCGUCUUCGUCGGCCGUUCUCCGAGGACGAGGUGCGCCGGAUCAUGAAGCAGCUCGUGGAAGGGUUGAAGGCCGUGCACGGCGUGGACGUCCUGCACCUCGACAUCAAGCCAGAGAACGUGCUCCUCGACGACGGCACCGUAGACAGGAAGCAGAAGCCCAAGAAGGGGGCCGUGGAAGCCGAUGUUCGCGGCGAGGUCAAGGACGACCGCAUAGUCUACAAGAUCGGUGGUUUCGGGAUGUCCACGAAAGGGCGGGGCAAGAGGCAGCCGGAGGUGAUUAUUCUGACGCCGUACAGCGCGCCGGAGCUCCUGCUGCACUCGCGCGAGUACGACGAUCGCGUGGACACGUGGGGGCUGGGAUGCAUAAUGGCCGACCUCCUCUCGGGCACCGGCGCCUCCAUGUUCGACGGCGAGUCGGACAUAGAGAUGAUGGCUAAAGUGUUUGGCAUCGUCGGCACGGAGGGGAUCAAGGAGUGGUCUGGAUACUCGGAGCUAGCGGCAGACCGGAAAUCGAAGCUGCCGGGUAAGGGGAGCGUCAACCGCCUUCGGGACAAGUUUCCCAGUCGCAAGUUGUCGUCGGCCGGGUUCGAGGUGCUCAGCGGGCUGCUGGAGAGCAACCCGGAGAAGCGGCUUACCGCAGCGGAGGCGCUUAAGAAGCCUUGGUUCGGCAAACAACGACGUGGCUUUGCCGGUUUCUUCAAGUCGUGUGUGGGAGGAGUCUUACCGGAGACAUAGAAUUUACAUGCUUUGUCUUUUAGCGUGUUCUCCUAAAUGUUUGUAUAUUUCAGAGAUACCCUAGUGUAUCAUUGCUUAAGUGUUGCAUUAAAAAGAUGUUUCAUUUAAUUGGCUUAUAAUAUACCUAUAUCAGCAUUGCAGCCUGGAACAGCCCCCGCGUUGUCCCAUCGGGGCGACACGGGCGGAGCCCCAAAUCGCCGCCGCAUUGCUCCCACCUUCCCUCCCUUCCCCACCUCGCCGCCGCCUGUUAGCCCCGCCGGGCAAAGUCUUGGCGUGGGUAGGCGGCGGCGGGACGCCCCACAGCCUCCUCUCCUCCCCAUCUCCCUCAUCUCUCUCCACGAGGUGCUUCGCUUCUGCCUAGAUCUGGGCAGGAUGGAGGUCGUGGAUCCGAAUGGGUUGCCGUGGCCACCAUCUGCCGCUCCUAGGGUUCUUCUUACUCCAAAAUGGUGUUCUGCGAGAUGUCGACCCUCUUUGAUCUGAUCAUUGACGAGUUCCGGAAUACUCCGUCAGAAAUCUUCAUUGGAUGCUUGAUGCCUGUAGAUUACUGGUCGAAAUGGAUUCAGUCGCGUACGCCCGAAUUUCAGCCCGUAUGGCUUCACGAAGGUGUGAUGCGAAGCUUCGUUGUGUGUUGACAUUAUGGGACAUAUCGGUAUUUCGAUUUUCAUGGUGAAGACAGUGGCGGAGAAUGUCAUGGUGGAUGAGAUCCGAGGCCUAAUAAUGGCGGAUCGAGACUUUGAGGCGAUGAUGACUUCGCUUGGGGAUUCGUGACUUGUAGCAGUGGCAUCGACAAGUGAGGGCGGUAACA